GCGUUGCAGCUACGAUAAAUAAGGUAAAUACAGCAAAACAGCAUUGUCUUUAGCCUCGUUUGAAGUGCUUCACAUUUCAUUCGAUGUUCAAGAAUUACUUAGUUAUCAACUGCUUUGUAUUCCUUAAGUCCAUUAAUAUUACUGUACAAAUUAAAAAUUAAUAUUAAGUUCUAAGCUAGAACUUGAGUUCUAAGCAUUAGAAAAUGUGAUCUGCGUUAGCUCAAAUGUUACAAUUCGAGACUAUGUAGCUACCCGGGAUCCAAUUUUCAGUAUACUGGAUAUAACCCGGUAGCAUGUGCGUUGCCUGCACGUGCAAACUAAUGUAGUGCUACAUUAAAAAUUCACUUUUAACCUAAAGGUACUAAUAAAAGCUGAUAAUAUGAAUUUUAAUUAUUUCAAUACUGUUCUCAUCUUUUUGGCGAAUUUCACUGUCUUUGUAUUUGGGGCUUUCCGCAAUGAACAUUAUAAUCAAGCUUCUUUUCGUACGAAAAGAGAAAUUCAUGCGACGGAAUUGGCUCGAUUACUGGCUGAAGUACCAUCAGGACGACAAGAUGAUGUUGCUCUGAAAAUUUUUCAAAACAUUAUUAAUAUUCUCCAGGAAUCACGCAAAAUACUAAGAAAUACUGAUAUUAAUUCAGAGACUAAAAAUGAUACAAUAGGACAAGCUUUCGCAUUAACUUUUGAAAAUACAGCUGUACUAUGUGAUUUCAUUCUACGUUUUCCUGAUGUUUAUCAUUCACAUUAUGAUGGAAUUGAUGAGAUAUCUAUAUUAUUAAAAUGGUCAUUUAAUUUAUUACGGGAAUCACAAUUAAUGAGUGAAUCAGAUGAAAAUAUUUUACAUUUAACUGAACAAGAAUUAAAUUUUGUGAUCAGAGAUUCAAAUUAUGUAAAUGAGUUUAAUUCAGAUCAGAAAAUGAUUAGAGAGAAACUGAGAGCAGAAUCAGCACGUAAAGCGAAAAAAUCAAGUGUUAAACGUGUCAAGAAACCUCGACUUACACCAGUUCGAAGUGAACUCUAAUAGUUUAUUUAAAUGUCCC